GGCGGGGAGCGGCCUGCGGCGGGCUGGGAGUGGGCUGACGGCGGAGCGGGGCCGGAGCGGGCCGGGCGGGGGACGCCAUGCCGGAGCUGGCGGUGGACCGCGUGGUGGUGCACCCGCUGGUGCUGCUCAGCGUCGUCGAUCACUUCAACAGAAUAGGAAAGGUUGGGAACCAGAAGCGCGUGGUGGGCGUGCUGCUGGGCUCCUGGCAGAAGAAGAUCCUGGACGUGUCCAACAGCUUUGCAGUACCUUUUGAUGAAGACGACAAGGAUGAUACUGUGUGGUUUCUGGACCACGACUAUCUGGAGAACAUGUAUGGAAUGUUUAAGAAGGUCAACGCUAGAGAAAGAAUAGUUGGUUGGUACCACACAGGCCCUAAACUGCACAAGAAUGACAUUGCUAUCAAUGAACUGAUGAAAAGAUACUGUCCAAACUCUGUGUUGGUGAUUAUUGAUGUGAAACCAAAGGACCUGGGACUGCCCACAGAAGCUUAUAUUUCAGUUGAAGAGGUUCAUGAUGAUGGCACUCCAACCUCCAAGACGUUUGAGCACGUGACUAGUGAGAUCGGAGCGGAGGAGGCAGAGGAAGUUGGUGUUGAACACUUGUUACGAGACAUCAAGGACACCACGGUGGGCACUCUGUCCCAGCGGAUCACAAAUCAGGUCCAUGGCUUGAAGGGACUGAACUCCAAGCUUCUGGACAUCAGGAGCUACCUUGAGAAAGUAGCCAUGGGCAAGCUACCCAUCAACCACCAGAUCAUUUACCACCUUCAGGAUGUCUUCAACCUGCUACCAGAUGUCAAUCUGCAAGAAUUUGUCAAGGCCUUUUACCUGAAGACCAAUGACCAGAUGGUGGUAGUUUACCUGGCUUCUCUUAUCCGCUCGGUGGUUGCCCUGCACAACCUUAUCAACAACAAGAUUGCCAACAGGGAUGCAGAGAAGAAGGAAGGACAGGAAAAAGAAGAGAGUAAAAAGGAGAGGAAAGAUGAGAAAGAGAAAGAUAAGGAGAAGAGCGAUGUCAAGAAAGAAGAGAAAAAAGAGAAAAAGUAAAAUGUGUAGUUUUUUUAUUUGUAAAUUAAAAAAUCUUGUAAACUAA